AAAAAACACGCUUCUUCAACCUCACAUCCAUACCUCACCAAUGGCGGCAAACUCCCUCCCUCUCAACGACCGCCAUGUCAGGAACCUCCGAUUGCUUACAAAUCGGCUCCAUUUCUUCAUCCAUGGCGCCGCGCUCCUCUUCCUAUUCCACUACCGUCUCAUUUCCCUCGCCGGAAUAUUCCAAUUCCUAACCCUAAUUGCAGAGGCGAUCCUCGCUUUCCUCUGGCUCCUUAAUCAGCCGUCGAAAUGGACCCCCGUCGUCCGUACGGCUUUCCCCGACCGACUUCCCGGCGACCGGAGGCUUCCGGCGGUGGACGUUUUCGUCUGCACGGCGGAUCCGGGGAAGGAGCCGAGCUUGGAAGUGAUGAAUACGGUGGUUUCUGCCAUGGCGCUCGACUACCCGCCGGAGAAGCUCCACGUGUACAUUUCCGACGACGGGGGGAGUAGCGUGACUCUACGCACCGCCAGAGAGGCGUGGGAGUUCGCGAGGUGUUGGGUGCCGUUCUGCCGGAAGUACGCGGUGGAGAAUAGGUGUCCGGAGGCUUAUUUCAUGGAGGAACACGAAGAGUGCCAUGGCCGCCGUGGGAAGGCUGAGGGCACGGACUUCGCACGUGAGGAGAAAGAAGUUCAGAUAAGGUAUGAGGAGUUCAGGUCCCGGGUGUUGGAGAUUGUUGGGGAGACCAGUCUUCCUCCGGGGCCCAGCAAAGAUCACUCGCCUCUAAUUGAGAUAAUUAGCAACAACAAAAUGAAGGACGAGGAAAUCCCAUUUCUUGCAUAUGUUCGAAGAGAGAAAAGACCAAAUCAUCAUCACCGUUUCAAAGCUGGAGCUCUCAAUGUUCUUCUUCGAGUAUCGGCCAUGCUCACAAAUUCUCCCUACAUUCUCGUGCUCGACUGUGACAUGUAUUGCGCCGAUUCCUCGUCCGCCCGACAAGCAAUGUGCUUUCAUCUCGACCCCGAGCUGUCCCCGAAGCUCGCGUUUGUUCAAUUUCCUCAAAGAUUUUACAACAUUAAUCCCUCCAACGAUAUCUACGAUUGUCAGCUCAGAUAUGUUUGGGAAAAAUCUGAAGGAUUCGAUGGAAUUUUGGGGCCACUUUUGUCCGGAACAGGUUUCUAUAUAAAGCGGGAGGCACUUUAUGGAACUCAUAAAUCACGAGUGGAUGAAGCUGAUCUUGUCGAUUUGAAAAAGUGUUUUGGUUCGUCAAACGAGUUCAUCCAAACAAUGUACAGAAGUUACGGUCCUAUUAGUCAUCCGAACAACGUCAGCAUUUUGGAUGAUUCGUCGCACAAGGAGCUUCAAACAUUAGCUUCUUGUAGCUAUGACAAUGGCACGAAAUGGGGAGAAAAGGUGGGCUUUAGGUACUUCUCCGUGAUCGAAGACUAUUUCACGGGCUUUAACCUACAUUGCGAGGGAUGGACUUCAGUGUACCUUAGUCCAAAAAAGCCGUGUUUCUUAGGCGCGAUGCCUAUUAGCCUCGGCGGGCAUCUUAUUCAAUUCACUCGGUGGAAUGUCGGGCUUUGCCAAAUUGGCUCAUCAAAGUAUUCUCCUCUUCUAUAUGGACCCUUUCGAAUGUCGCUUUGGGAAAGCAUUUCUUAUGCCGAAUUCGCGCAUACCAUGCUUUACUUCGUGCCCUUUUACGUGUUGGCAAUUGUUCCCCAACUUUGCCUACUACGCGGCAUUCCUUUAUAUCCCGAGGUUUCGAGCCCGUACUUUCUAUUGUUUCUAUUCAUUUUCUUGUCGUCGCAACUCAAACACGCGCAAGAAGUAUUGUCUACGGGGCAUUCCCUUAGGGCGUGGGUUUCCGAACAAAGAAUUUGGGCUAUCCAUGCAUUCGUACCGUACUUAUACGCAGCUAUCGAAUGGGUAAUGGAGAAAAUAGGUGUGAAGUCAGUGAAGUUCUUGCCGACAAACAAAGUGACGGAUGACGAGGAGGCGAAGCUCUACCGGUCGGGAAUGUUCGAUUUCCGCGCACCGGCUAUGUUCGUGGUUCCUUUGUGUAGCCUUUAUAUGGUGAAUGUGGGCUCAUUUUUGGUUGGAUUGGGGAGAAUUGUGAAGGGAAAUAGGACAAUGGUUAUGCAAGAGUUGAUUCCAAUGUUUGGAAUGGUUUUGCAUUUCCCCAUUUUUGAAGGAAUGUUUUUAAGGAAGGACAAAGGGAGAGUUUCACCCUUUGUUUGCUUCACUUCUUUUCUACUUUCGGGGGCUUUUUUGUCUUUUGCAUUGUUUGUUGUCUAAUUAUUACUCCCUUCGUCCCGGAUGAAUGGAUUUCUUUGGAAACUUGUAAUAAAGUAAGAUUGAAUAGUAGUUUAUCGGUUAAUGGAAGUGUGUGUUAGAUUUUGAUAA